AAAUGUAAAUAAUAAAAAUAUGUUUAAGACUAAUGUGGUACGUACUUUUGAAUUGUUCAUUAAGUCUUUUUUUUAUUCUCAGGCUUUUUAGUACUGUUGUUAUAACUGAAAAAGGUCUACCAACCAAAACAGUGGUUCCUUCUCAUUGGGUUAGUUUAGAUAAAUGUAUUGUUUAUUUCCCACCCAAAGGAUACAAAACUCUUGGUACUUAUAUUUAUGAGUGGGCUGUUCCAGAACCAGGCUGGAAAGAGUAUGAGUUUAUUGAAUUUAUUUUGGAAGCUGGAACAUUGGAGACAUGCAACCAGAUGCUUCAAUUUCAAACAGAAGAUGAAUCAGAAAAUCACGGAAAAUCAAAAGAAGUUUGAGCACCCACUCCAGAGCUAGACUUCAUUUUUAAUUCUAAUGAACCUGUGAACAGUGGAUUUUCUCAAAAGCUGAGUGAUAGAUAUUCUAAUACAGAAAAACUGAAAGCAGCACAAGCUCCAAGUCUGUUGCCAGAUUUUCCACCUGAUUUUGUUAACAAAAAUGUUGGAAAACCUUUCGGGAAAUCAAAAGAAGAUCGAGCACCUAGCCCAGAGCUAGACUUAAUUUUUAAUUCUAAUGAACCUAUGAGCAGUGGAUUUACUCAUAAGCUGAGCAAUAAAUGUUCAAAUACAGAUUUUCAAACAGGUAAUUUAAAAAGGAAACAUUCAAAUAUAGGCGAUGGUGGAGUUUCUUUUAAGGAAAUGUCAAACAAGCAAUUUCAAUAUGCAAUUUUCAUGGAACUAACAAGUCAAUUUAAUCAAAUUAAGGAGAAUCAAAAGAAAAUCCUUGAUCGUCUUGAGCUACUUGAAAAUAAUGAUGCGGGACCCAGUGGGUUUGCAACUGCCGAUAUUUUAACAGAACCAAUAGAUACAAUGGAAAGGUUUGAUGAGGAAGAAAAUGUAUUAAACUCCAGUAAAGCAGCUAGGUUUCGAAAGAUUACACAAAUAAAGGGCGUUGGUGGUUCAACGCCACGUCGACUUGUUAAAAAUGUGUUAGACAGCAUAAUGACACAAUCUUUACAAAGCUGCUUCAGUAAAGAUGGAAUAAAAGGAAAACGAAAAUUUGUGGCCACAACUUUAUACAAAUGUUUAAAAAAAGCGCUCAUCUCAGAAAAAGAUGGUUUUGACGUGGGCAAUAUUGAGGCACUUGUUGGCGACUUGUUAAAACGUGCAAUGCCGAAAUUGCAAAAAGAAGGAAUUAAAUAAUAUAAAAAUUCUUCAGUUUUUUUUAAUUAUAGCAUGUAUUUUAACAUUUAAAUAAUUAAAUAAAUUUUUAACUUGAAAAAA